AUGACGUUCCAAAAGCCUUCGUCCGAUCCGCCUAAGCAUGAGAUGGCAUACUUUCCGGAUAUGACGACAUCUCUGCCAUCCGAAUCAGGCGACUUCCGGAGAGUGCUCUGGACUGGUCUCUAUAGCCAGCUGGUGCUGAUGACAGUGCCUGUUGGCGGAGAUAUAGGUGAUGAGAAACACACCGUCGAUCAGAUCCUGACAUUCACUUCCGGCAAAGGGAAGGCCACAAUUGCCGGAAAGGACCAGGAGGUCAAGGCUGGCGAUCUGAUCAUUGUGCCCGCUGGGACACAGCACCAGUUCGUGAACACCGGUCCAACACCACUGAUCCUAUAUACUGUGUACUCGCCCGCAGAGCAUAAGCCCACAACGGUCCACAAGACUAAGGAGCAGGGCGAGCAGGAGGAGGACGACGGUAUUGAUGUCGCUCCGGACUGGUCUCGGCGGUCGAAGGCUGAGAACGAGAAGCUAGGUCUCGUCGAGGGUGAGGGUAUGGAGAAGCAGUAG